ACCAAACCGUUACUCCUUAAACCCUCUAUCCCUUUUCUUUGCCCACAACUUUCUGUUACAUUUUUUUUGUCUAAAAAUUCAUACAAAAAAAGAAAAAAUUCUGAAAUUCAAAAGCAAAAAGCAAAAAUCAAAGAUGUUGACUCCAUUGGUUUCUGAAAUUCCAAGAUUGGAAAACCAAAAUGAAGAGAGCAAAACAGAGCAAAAUACUCUGUUUUUGGCUAUUUCUGAAACAAAAUCCAUAGCCACUAUUGCACUUCCCAUGAUUUUCAUAGGUUUACUUCUCUACUCUCGUUCAAUGAUCUCAAUGCUAUUUCUUGGUCGUUUAGGGGAACUUUCUUUAGCUGGUGGCUCGCUCGCGAUCGGUUUUGCAAAUAUAACCGGUUAUUCGAUUCUUUCUGGUUUAGCCAUGGGAAUGGAACCAAUUUGUGGACAAGCAUUUGGUGCUAAAAGGUUCAAGAUUCUUGGCCUAAGUUUACAAAGGACAAUUCUUCUUCUUCUUUUGGUAUCAAUUCCCAUUUCAUUCAUGUGGUGUAAUAUGAAAAAAAUCUUGAUAUUUUGUGGCCAAGAUCAUGAAAUAGCCACACAAGCACAGAGUUACAUUAUUUACUCUAUUCCUGAUCUUUUUGCUCUCUCGUUUUUACAUCCUUUGAGGAUUUAUCUUCGUUCUCAAUCGAUAAUAAUGCCUCUAACGUAUUGUGCUGCUCUCGCGAUUCUUGUUCAUAUUCCAAUCAACUAUUUUCUUGUUAUAGUCCUUAAUCUUGGUAUUAAGGGUGUUGCUUUAAGUGGGGUUUGGACAAAUUUCAAUCUUGUGGGGUCAUUAAUCGCGUACAUUAUAGUGUCAGGGGUACAUAAGAAAACAUGGAGCGCGAUAUCUAAAGAGUGUUUUAAAGGGUGGAAAACACUUUUAAAUUUAGCCAUUCCAAGUUGUAUUAGUGUUUGUUUAGAAUGGUGGUGGUAUGAAAUUAUGAUUUUAUUAUGUGGAUUAUUGUUAAACCCUAAAGCAAGUGUUGCAUCAAUGGGAAUUUUGAUUCAAACAACAAGUUUGAUAUACAUUUUCCCUUCUUCUUUAAGUUUUGGUGUAUCAACAAGAGUUGGAAAUGAACUUGGUGCUAAUAGGCCUAAUCAAGCAAAAAUAGCUGCAAUUAUUGGACUAUGUUAUAGUUUCAUUUUUGGACUAUUGGCAUUGUCAUUUGCUAUAUUAGUGAGGAAUAUUUGGGCAAGUAUAAUCCACAAACAACAGGUUGUGGUGUAUUAAGAGGAACAGCUAGACCUAAAUUGGGUGCUAAUAUUAAUCUUGGUUGUUUUUAUCUUGUUGGAAUGCCAAUAGCUAUUUAUUUAGGGUUUUUUCGGGGUUUCGAUUUUGAGGGACUUUGGAUUGGAUUAUUAGCAGCUCAAGCUUCAUGUGCAGUGACAAUGUUGUUGAUUAUUUUGGCAAGAACAAAUUGGGAAGAUCAAGCUAAAAGAGCAAAAGAGUUAACUGCAAAUAUACAAGGAGAUUUUGGUCAAGAAAAUGAAGAAGAAGAAGAGGAGGAGAAGUUUAUUAUUGAUGAAGAAGCUGCAGAAUGUUCGAUUGAUUAUUAUCAAAAGCUUGAUGGAAGUUUAGUUGUUUGAAUUGUGUAAUGUGAUCAAUUCUUGGAUUAUUGAUUAUUCUUUCAUCUU